AUGCGGAAUAAAACGCUUUCCUACUCUUUUUCCGCACCCUUCUUUGAGACAUCACCAAUCAGCAUCUGUCUACAUUUCUUCAUCAGAACAACUAUCAAAACUAGAAAACGCGGCGCCUCUUGUAUCUACCCAGAUGAACACAGAUCAGCCGCUGCCCCUUCCCAGGCGCCAGCCAGCAAGAGAACGAAGCGGAAGAAGAGGAAGGCGGUACCGAUAACUCGAAAAGACCGCGAAGGUUUUGCCCAUUUCAUUCUCCAGACCGUGGAUUUCUCCCAGCACUCCGGGGAGGUCUCCCUGGGCGUCAUCAGGAAAGAGCUGGCGGCGGCGGGGAUCGAUGUUAAGAAGAACAAAGCCCGUAUCAAAGCGGGACUUGGGAAGCUGGUCGCCACGAAUGUCUUGCUUAAGGUCCCGGGCUCCUACAAGCUCAUCGCAGAAGCGAAGCUACCCCAUCCGCUGGUGAAGAAGGACAAAUCGCCAAAGAAGCAGGGGGCAAGAGGAACAAAAAAGCAGCGAAGAAAAAAGCCAAGAAGAAAGCAGAGGCUCUUGUGGAUCAGGAAGAGGGAACUGGAGAAACUGUCGCUUCUGUAUCCUUUAUGCAGUGGGAAACAUCUCUCGAGGGGAAGCCCUAAAAGGCAUAAUUCUACUGACUCAUUCUACCGAAAAAAGUAA